AUGAAAAAUGUCAGUAUGAUUACUGAGUUUGUCCUCCUGGGAUUAUCCAGUGACCCCCAGAUCCAGACCAUGCUCUUCGUGCUGUUCCUGGGGAUUUACCUCCUGACCCUGGUGGGGAAUCUGGUGAUGAUCCUGGUGAUCAGGGUUGAUCCCCGCCUCCACACACCCAUGUACUUCUUCCUUGGACACCUAUCCUUCCUGGAUCUCAGUUUCUCCUCAGUCACUGUGCCCAAGAUGCUACAGAACUUCUUAUCUCAGAAUAAAAGCAUCUCAGUGUGGGGGUGCAUCACUCAGAGCUUCUUUUUCACUCUCUCUGGGGGGACAGAAGCUUGUCUGCUCUCUGCCAUGGCCUAUGACCGCUAUGCUGCUAUCUGCCACCCUCUGGUCUACACCAUGGUCAUAAACAGACCUCUCUGUAUUGUGAUUGUGAGCAUAGCGUGGGCAGUGGGAUUUCUGAUUUCCUUGCUGAAUAGUCUCUUCAUCCACAAGUUGUAUUUCUGCGGGUCCAACAUCAUCCUCCACUUUAGCUGUGAGCUACCUCCUCUCUUUCCUCUGUCCUGUACCGAUCCCAUUGUCAAUGAGAUUCUUCUUGCGUUGUCCUGUGCAUUUCUAGGGCUGCUGACACUUCCCCUGAUCCUCUUCUCUUACUCCAGAAUAAUUUGUGCCAUUCUGAACAUCCGCUCCUCUGAGGGCCAAGCCAAAGCCUUCUCCACCUGCUCCUCGCACCUCACCGUGGUGCUCUUGUUCUAUGGGACGGCUCUAUUCAGGUACAUCAGCCCUGCUUCAGGCUCAGUGUUGGAGCGUGUGGUCUCCAUUCAGUACAGUGUGAUCACAUCCUUGCUGAACCCCCUCAUCUACAGCCUCAAGAACCAGGAGGUGAAGGCUGCUCUGCAGAGGAUGCUGAAGCAACAAAAGUGUGCCUCAUGCGAUUGUCUGACAUACAACGAUCGGUUAUUAAAUGUCGGGGUAAUUAAUGAACCCGUGUGCAAAGAACCCCGUGGGAGGCCGAGGGCCAGGACCGAAAAUGGUCAGUCAGGGAGGGGGCGCGGGUGGGCGGCCACCGUAGGCGGGAUCCGGCGUCCCAGGGCGGCGGGCGCGGAGGUCCCCGGCUCUACCGGCCUGAGCGAUGGGGGGCGUGGGGGCCACGCGGGCGGGGAUUUCCUGUGCCCGCCCCACCCGCGCCCGCCCGGCCGCCGUCUCCGCCCGUCGCUGGCUCAGCAGCCGGCGGCUCCGACGAAGCGGAGGGCGGAGGGGAGGGGCCGGCGGCGCCCAGGAGGGAGGCACGGGCCGCAGGCCAAGCCGACCGGGGUGAGUGGGGCCGAGCCGCAGUUAGUCGCGGCUGGAGGGAGGGACGCCCGGCUUCCCGGGAAGGCGGGUGGGGGCCCAGUCACCCACGGGGCGGGGAGGAGGAUCGACGCGGCCUCCGGUCGCUGCCUUAACCGGGGGGUUGGCCCCACUGACAUUCUGUGUCCGGCCUUCGCCCAGGCUUCCCCGUCCCUAGCGUCGCUGUCAGGCCCCGCGGUUCCCGCCGCUGUCACUCGGGCACAGGUUACCCCGUGGCUCCUUUCUCUUGACUUGCUCUUGCCCCAGUUCACGGGAAACCUGUUUUCUGACCUCACUUCCCCUGCCCCGGCUCAGCCUCUCGGAUUCUCUGAAAUCUGA